GUGUGUGAAUUGUGAUUUGCCAAAGUUAUGCUCUCCCUGUGCUGCCGUGAGAAAUGGGAAAAUUUUGGUAGAUUAAGUUAUGUUUUUAAGCUUGGUUUAAGUGUAAAUUAGCUUGAAUUGGGUUGUGGUGAUUUUGGAGAGAAAAUCCCGUGAAUUAGCUAGUGUUUUGGCCAAUUUAUGAAAGUCGGAGUUACUGUUCACGUCGUGGUUACUGUUCACGGGACACUGUUCACACACCGAGAGUUCCCGAUCGUUCUGUCAGUUAGCACUGAGAUUAAGUGCUCGAUUUUAUGCGAGUGAGGUGAAUUAUGUUUUUCUGUUAACUUCAGCCUGUUUUGUCUCCGAUGUGGUCAUGUUUCUGUAAUCCUGCUAGUGGGAGUUAAACGCUAGCACAUGUCGGCACAUGUCGAUAUGUUAUUGUAAUCCUGAUAGUGGGGGUUAAACGCUAGCACAUGUCGACAUGUUAUUGAUAGAACCGGUUCGUCCGAAUGACCCUGCUAGUGGGGGUUAAACACCAGCAAAUAGUGUAGCCUGCCAGUGGGAAGUUUAAUACACUGGCCAUGACCUAUAGAGGAGACGUCUAUUUCUUUCCCGUACUGUAUCCGUUUUUAUUAUAUUGUUGGCAUGCUAUAAGUUUAAUUGACUGCUACUGAACUUUAUUCUGCAUAAUGGUUUAUCAUUGAACAUUUCGUUUAUGUUUAAACUGUUUAUCUGAAAUGCUCAAAUUUUACUCACGGGCUAUCCAUACAUUUACUUAUUGAGAUAUUGUAUCUCAUAGUUUUCCCUUGUCCACCAUUUCAGAUGGGAUUCUUUACAGAAGCUGGACCUGUUCAAAUUUUUGUUUCAAACCAUGUAAGUAUUUUUCUCUUUUUAAUAAGGUUUCUGCCACAAGAGGAUCACUAUAUUCAUCUUGUGACAAGCAUUUUCAUUUUUCCAUUCCUCUGUGACAUGUCAAUUUGGUUGGUAGUUAUGGAUUUUCCUUUUUGUUUAUUGCUUACAUUGUGGCUAUUGUUGAUGAGAACUUGAAUUGUCUGUACCUUGAUGAAAUUUCCAAGGUCCAAGCAUUUAGUAUUUUCAUCGAGCUUUUCUAUGUCCCACAAGAAAAAUAGAACUCCUUU